CCCCGCCCUUCCGCUCUGCUUUCCCGGCCCGCGCAUGGCGGCCUGCCUCCGGCUCGGGGUUCGCGGUCGGGCGGCGGCGGCGACCGGGCUGAGUCGCGGCUACCGGAGGCCGGGUGCUCCAGUGGACAAGCCGCCGCCCUGGAAGUGGCUGCGCUGGGACUGGCGGGAGGGCGUGGAGUCGGUGCGGCGGCAAUGGAGCCUGACGUGGGAGGAGAUGGCGGCGAGAGUGCGGGGCCCCGACGGCCGCUCCCUCCGCCAGGAGCUGCUGGAGCAGAAUCGCGUCGUCUGGCAGUUCCGCGGCGUCGACAGCCUGCGGCACUGGGUUGUGUCCAGCGACCAGGAGAUCGGCGGCCGCAGCAGCGUGCGGCUCGGUGUCGGCAGCAACGGGUGCUCGGCCUUGGUGUCCGGACACCUGAGCACCGAGCCGCCCCGGGAUGGCGAGACCCGCUACAGCGGCUACUGCACCCUGAGGUCCAGGCCGCUCAAGGGGCCCUUUGACACGAAGAAGUACUAUGACCUGUCGAACUUUAACACGCUGCACCUCCGUGUGAGAGGAGACGGGAGGCCCUGGAUGGUGAACAUUAGCAGCGGCAUGUACUACACCCAUCACAAGAAUGACCUCUACAACUAUUUCAUGUUCACUCGAGGAGGUCCCUACUGGCAGGACGUGAAGAUUCCAUUCUCCAAGUUCUUUUUGUCCAGUCAAGGGCGGAUCCAGGACCAUCAGCACCCAUUAUGGCUGGAUAAGAUAAGUACCAUUGGCUUCACGUUGGGCGAUCAAGUGGAUGGGCCGUUUCAGCUUGAAAUUGAUUUCAUUGCGGUGUUCAAUGACCGAGCUCACACCGAGGAGUUUGCCUAUGAGAAGUACAAGAGGAAUCCCGAGGUGUAACUGGGGUGGAGUGUGGAGAGGAGUGCCUCCACAUGGUUCUGUUUGACAGACUAACUGCUGUUUGCUGAGCCUCUUUGAGAGCAGUGUUUAGCUCUGCAUCCACAGAGAGCAACAAAACUCAUCCGGCCUUGCAGGAGCAAAUGUGUACAAAGAACUUGUAAUAAAGUUUAUUUUUUCUAA